GCCGCACUCACAGCUAAGGGCAUGCGCGUGGUUAUCGAGGAGAACAUGCUGACUCUGGUGUACUCCUCUACUGGAGCAGGACGCCCUGCGUCCGCCGCCAACGGUCAUCUGAAGUUUAGCCAGGACGCGGUCAUGCUCGUACAUCUGACCUCUUUUUCAUCCAGCAACUCGCCGACGGAUGGUUUCACUGUGAACGAGAAAGUGACGACGGACGACCUGUACGGGAACAGCACGGCGGCCAGUGUAACAUCCCAGUGUUCGUCGAUCCUCACCGACAUCCAACACCCCGGGAAAGGCGUGGACUGGCCAACCAAGGCUUUGAUGUUCCUCGUGAACAGAUACUCGCGUCAAGGCGACACCGUCUUACUAUUCGGCGCGGAACACAACACCGGAGUGGAAACUGCUAUUUCACGCGGUCGGAAGGUUGAGGCCUUCGUCGCAUCGCCUGAGGCGGCGGCGAAAGUGGAGGCUAGGACCGAGAUCGCAUUCCAAACGGCGUAUGCGCAGGGGAUUUUUAAGGUGCGCACCGGGUAG